ACGAAGAUGCUGCUGAAUCAAGCUAGAGACUCUGUUCGUAUGUAUAAUGAUCAUUCGAGCAUGACCUGGUGGAGACAGGUUUCUUCCAUGAACCUAAUUUCGCUAUGCUGAAACCAUAUCUUCCAGUGCUCCUAUAGAAGUGAAGGCUGCCGAUGCAUCUAAAUGAGCAAAUGGACUGAGGAAAAUAAUCUCUGAUUGACAUUCGCAAAUCUGUUUUACUAUUUUAGGAUAUUUUUCUUCAUCUUUUAGGGUUGAACAAACUGGAGAACACUCUAUAUUCGCCAAAUUUGUGGCCAAAGUUUAGUGUAUCUGAUUCCAUAAAUCAUUGCGCCCUCAAAACAAUUUGAAUCGGAUAUGGCAUCACAUAUAUUCGGUUAGACGAAGAUACUGCUGAAUCAAGCUCUAGAUAUUCUGUUGGUUCAUUCGAGUAUGGCCACUUUCGCCGAAGCCUAAGCCUUCCACGAUAUUUUCUCCUUGCCUUUCUCUCCAAACAAAGUCCUAAUAGCAUUCUGGGUUUUAAGUUAUCCUCACACUUUGUUAGUUCAUGCAUCCCGGUUUCCAAGAAGGUCAAUUGCUUCCUAAAUCACUGCAAUUGCUCGCUGCUUACCUAAUAUGGGAUCAGUCUCUGAGGAGAAUACUCCUAACCUGGGAAUUGGUUCAGUUUCGGUCGAAGCUGAACCUGAAACCCUGCGGAGAAACGGGAGCAAUCUCCCGAAUUUUCGCCUUUCCAUUAGGCUCAAGUAUGUCAAGCUUGGGUACCACUACCUAAUCUCCAAUGCCAUGUACAUAUUUCUUAUGCCACUUAUAGGCAUAGUCUUUGCCCAUUUAUCGACUCUCACGGUGGCUGAUUUCCUCGGCUUGUGGGACCAGCUCAAGUUCAACCUAGUCAGUGUGGUCCUCUGCUCCACCCUCAUAUUCUUCCUGGCCACGCUCUACUUCAUGAGCUGCCCGAGGUCCAUCUACCUCGUCAACUUCGCCUGCUACAAGCCUGACCCAGAACGGAAGUGCACAAGGGAGCUGUUCUUCGAGCGGUCGGGCAUCACUGGCAGCUUCACAGAUGAGAACCUCGCGUUCCAGCAGAAGAUCCUCGAGCGGUCCGGGCUCGGGCAGGACACAUACCUGCCCGAGGCCGUGAUGAGGGUCCCCCAGAACCCAUGCAUGGUUGAGGCAAGAAAGGAGGCAGAAGCAGUCAUGUUUGGGGCGAUCGACGAGCUUCUAGCGAAGACCGGGGUUAGAGUUAAGGAUAUCGGCAUCUUGGUGGUGAAUUGUAGCUUGUUCAAUCCCACACCUUCUCUUUCAGCUAUGAUUGUUAAUCACUAUAAGCUUAGGGGGAACAUCUUGAGCUAUAACCUCGGUGGAAUGGGGUGCAGUGCUGGGCUUAUCUCCAUUGACCUAGCAAAACAACUCUUGCAGGUGAUUCCCAACUCCUAUGCACUUGUAGUAAGCAUGGAGAACAUAACCCUAAACUGGUACUUUGGGAACGACCGCUCGAUGCUUGUUUCUAACUGCCUGUUCCGAAUGGGCGGGGCUGCAAUCCUCUUGUCUAACCGGGCUUCUGAUCGCCGACGGUCCAAAUACCAGCUCAUCCACACAGUGCGAACCCACAAGGGCGCAGAGGACAGAUCCUAUGGGUGUGUCUUCCAGAAAGAGGAUGAGACUGGAAGGAUUGGGGUCUCGCUCUCAAAGGACUUGAUGGCUGUCGCUGGUGAAGCCCUGAAGGCCAAUAUUACCACACUAGGGCCUCUAGUGCUUCCCUUGUCGGAGCAGCUCCUGUUUCGCUUGACUUUGGUGGCACGAAAGGCAUUCAAAAUAAGUAUAAGGCCGUACAUUCCCAACUUCAAGUUGGCCUUUGAACAUUUCUGCAUUCAUGCUGGUGGGAGAGCCGUGCUAGAUGAGCUGGAGAAGAACCUGGAGCUGACGGACUGGCACAUGGAGCCUUCGAGGAUGACCUUAUUCAGGUUCGGAAACACGUCCAGCAGUUCACUUUGGUACGAGUUGGCAUACUCUGAGGCUAAGGGCCGGAUCAGGAAGGGUAACCGCACAAUACAGAUUGCGUUUGGAUCAGGAUUUAAGUGCAACAGCGCUGUGUGGCGAGCCCUUAGGACAAUCAACCCCGAUAAGGAGAACCCCUGGAUGGAUGAGAUUCAUAAAUUUCCAGUUGAAGUCCCACGAGUGACAUCUAUAGCCACUUGAAAGUUUGAUUUUCUGCUUGUGCGUUGCAUAUUUAGGAUUUGGAUAGUCAUAGAAGAACUCUGUCCAUUCACUUUUCAGAUUUCUCUUUUUGAUUGUUUGAUAAUUGAAUAUGGGUUAAUAGAAGGGCGGGAAUUUGCUUUCCUCAUUGUUAGCAUCACAUUCCAUGUAUGUAGCCGAUAAUCGGGGAUUCUAUUUACACAAAAUUGUAAUUUUUUUUUAUUGAAA